AUGAACUUUGAAUUUAAAUCUAAAUUUUCUAAAUUUUAAGUACAGAAAAAAAGUAUAUAUUCUCCACUAGGAGCAUUCGAUGAAUAAGAUGAUUAAGGUGGAGAAGAUGAUUAUAAAGAUAAGCUUAGAAAAAAAUUUUCUACCAUUUAUAAUGAUUCAAGCAGUUCUUAGAUAAAAGAUGAAAAUGAAGAUGAAGAAGAGGAUGAUGAUGAUGAAAAUGAAGAUGAAGAUAAUGAUCAUUUUAAUAAUGAAAAUCAAAAUUAAAAUGGAGUGAAGUUGCUGCUAUCUUCUUAAAAAAUAAUAAGCUAAGCUAAUGUAUAAUCUCAAAAUAAAAUAAAAAUUGAAAAUCCUUCUGAAAAUUAAGUCAUCGAUUUAAAAUUAGUAAAUUAAUGGGGUUAGAGAAUUAUUGAAUAAAAAAAAUAAAAUUAAAAGCUUCUUCCUGUAGAUAAAAUCACUGAGCAAGCCCUUUUUACAUUUGGCAGGUUUGUGUCUCAUGGAUAAGAGAAAGGAGAGAAUUAGAAAUUAAAUUCUACUAACAUUGAAAAUUACAGCAUUUAGAAAUCUCAAAUUAAUAAAACUUCAAUGGAGAGUAGGUUUAAUCCUGUAAAAGUAAUUAAUACGGAUAGAUUUGUAAAAAGGCAUUAGGACAGUGACAUAAAGAAAUAAAAAGAAGCUCAAAAGCAAGGAGAAAUUAUGUUGAAUAGAUCUUUUCCUCUUCCUUCCAAAGCAAAUUAAACAGCCAAAGAAUACAAAAGAAGCAAUAGCCCUCCUUCUUAAAUGCCUUAAGUUAUUUUAAAUAACUCUUUUGACCCUUCUUAUAAACUAGAUAUAAUGAAGUUUGAUAUUUAAUACCUUCAAUCUAUAAAAUAUAUUAAACCAGAUGUAGUCAUACAAGUAGAAGAAGAAUAAAGAAACAAAAUACAUAUUUUCUAAAACUCUUUUAAAAUAAUUUAGCUUAAUUGUAAAAAUAAAGAGAGCCCUUUAACUUUAAAAAUUAAGAUUUCAAAUUCAUUUAGCUUGCAUUUGUUUGUUGGAUAGGUAGAGGAUUAGUGCUGGUCUAAUUAUGAUUAGUAUUACUGCUCAUUCGAUAAACCUAUUCAUUAUAAUUUUUAAGAAGAUAAAUAAAAAAUAUAUAUAACUAUGCUCUCUUAAAGUCCUUUUUGUAAUCUUGAGCUUAUCUACUACUUUACUACUCAUAAUGAUUAGCAAAUAAAUAUGUAUUAUUAGCCUAAUAUCUAAGAUUUUUUACCUCAUGUGGAGGAAUAAAAUAUCUAAUAGAAUGUGUAAUAUAAAAAAGAAGAACAAUCUGCAAAACACAUUUCUGUUUUACCAGCAAUAAACUAGAAUUUUAUUUCUAAAAAUAUAAGAUAAAAUAAAAAAAGAUAGAAAUAAUAAAAAAAGAAAAGCAAAACAUUUUUAUCAGAAGAAUUUUAAAAGAUUAUAGAAUAAAAAGACAUUAUGAAAUGCUAGUUAGAAGUCAUAAAAGAAUAUUAUCAAAAAAAGAGAUUUGCUUUCUUAAAGAAAUAUAGUGUUUAUUACCAAAACAUUACUCAGCUAAAUUAUACUCAUAGGGUUUUGGUUGAUAUCAUAAAUACAAUAAAAUUCUACAUUCACAACAAGAAGUAUAAAAAGGCAAUUUAUGAAAAAUAUGAGUCUUAAGAAAAUUGUGAAUUAUCUAAUGAAGCAAUUAAUAUAAUAAAGUCUAACCAAAUUUACUUAGAAUGUGAAGAGAAUAAGCUUUUAGCAGAUGAUAUUAAAAAGUAUUUCAUUAAUAAUUGCUGGUAGUAUAAUCCCAGCAAGCAAAAUUUAAAUUAACUUUUAUACCAACUUAAAUAAGCUCUUAAUUUAAAUCAAGUUGGUUAUAGGAAUGAAGACAAUAUUAGGAUUUAUAGAAGAUAAAAUUAAAUGUCUUUUACAAAUAUUUAAAAAAAUUUAUACAACAAUAAUGGUUAAAAAUAGCAUUAAAACCUUGCUUAAUAACAAUAACAUACAACUAAAAAUACAAAUAUGUAUCAUAAACAAUAUAAAGAGAUCAUAUCAAUACAAUAAUCUUUGUAAUAAUAAAAAUAAAAGUAAUCUUAAUAGUAAAAGGCAGCUCAACAAAAUAAUAAACUAAGAGCAACAAAUUAAGAAAUCGAACAUUUAGAUGGCAAUUAAAGCAACUAGUCUUACAAUUAAGUAGAUAAUUCUAUGAAUAUUCUUUCUAGUUUAGCAAUAAUUUAAGAAAAUUAGCAACUAACUGUCUCUCAAACAAAUUACACUCACAGACCUAGUAUAAUGAAAAUCUAAAAAAUUCCAUAAAAUACAAAAGGAAAGCAAAAUUCUAAAUAAGAUAGUAAUAGCACAGGUGUAAAAAAGAAUAAUCAAAAAACAAAAUUAAAAUUAAGACCUACAAAUUUUGAUAAAAUAUUAAAAGAAUCCUUAAAACCAAAUUAUGAGCCUUUCAUCUACCAAAAGGAGUUUGAAAAAGAGAUAGUUUUACAUUCAUACAAGUUGAUAAAGAAGAUGAUUGAAAAUAAAAAGAAAGAUUUUUUAUAAAAGAUAAAUCAAACUUAAAAGUAAAAAAUUGUAGUAAAAAAUAAAAUUAAAGUUACUAAACCAAACUAGGAUUAACACUGA